AUGGCGGGAAAACAAAAACCUAAACCAAAUCCUGACCAAGACUAUCGUGCACCUCAGAGAGAGAUGGCGGAGGCGGAGAAAGAGACGGCGGUGACUGACAAGGUGGCGGGGGUCGCAGAAGAGCUGCCGAAGGCUAUCGUGCGCCGGCUGGUAAAGGAUAAGCUAUCCCAGCUCUCAGAUUCCGAAAUCUCAGUUUUCCGCGAGGCACUUGAAGCCUUCUCUGACAGCGCUCGUAUCUUCGUCCACUAUCUCUCCGCCACUGCAAAUGACAUUUGUAAGGAGUCAAAGAGACAAACAAUCAACGCAGAAGAUGUAUUUAAGGCACUGGAAGAGAUAGAGUUUUCAGAUUACGUUGGGCCACUAAGAGCAUCUCUUGAAGGACAGAGAUAUGACACCCAAGCAUCGAGAUCCAGGCUUAUAGGUGCCAUUCUGAGCAUUAUAGAGUUUUUUGUCUCGAGAUGGAGCGCCUGA